AAGAUUUCCCUACAUUAAUAUUUGUUUUUGUGAUUUAUUUCUCCACUUUUCCUCUUUCGACAAUGGCUCUUUUUCAGAAAUCCUCUCUUGAGAACCAUUCAUGGGGUGAUCUCAUGGACGAAUUGGACAAUGAGAUGGAGAAUCUCCAACCUUUCUGCAUAUAUGAUCCCUGGAGCAUGAAUACAAUCAGCCAGGUGGAGGAGCAGAAGGUGGAAGAGCAGAUCCCACUGGAGAUGGUGGUAGAGGAGCAGAUGGUUGAGGAGCGGAAGGUGGACAAGCAGAUGGUGAAGGAAAAGAAGGUGGAGAAACAAAAAGAACAGGCUGAAGUCCAGCAGCAGCCUGCUCGCACAAAUAAACUCCCUAAAGAACGCCUCAUCAAGAACACCAAGUCAGUUACACUGCUGCUGAGAAAUCUGGACUGCACUGUGGAUGACAGGAACCUUUAUGAAGCAUUCCUGAGAUUUGGGACUGUCCUCAAUGCACAGGUCAAUAUAGAGAACGGGCAAACAAAAGGCAUUGGGUAUGUGACGUUUUCAUCUCCCGAUGAGGCUCGAGCAGCCAUCGUGGAGAUGAAUGGCAGGGUGCUGGGCAGCAGGCCGGUGUACGUAAGUCCCUCUCAGAUCACCCAGGGACGAAGUCACGGCAUGAAGGUGGAAACCAUCUCGCCUUCGAAACCCUGCCCAGACCCCAGACCCAAUGCCAACAAGAACAUCCAUCCACAGAAUGCAGUUCCAGAUCUUGGACAAACAAAUCAGCAGCAGUGGAACAGGCAGUCCACACCGCAGCCCCUCGGACUGGACACCCAGGUGGUACUACACAAUGGACGGUCCAAGGGCAUUGGAUUCGUCCGAUUUUCCUCUCUUGAUGAAGCCAAUAAUGCCAUCAGAGAGUUAAAUGGAAAGCUGGUGAGCGGAAGGCAACAGUGCAGCUCUUUAGGUUUCUUACCACUUAUCCUGCUCAGCUUGGGCAGAAAGAAACAACCCAAAACAAAUACGCUAUGCAGUGUAUUACACAGGUACCAGACUCGAGUAAUUCAGUAGAGUCCUCUGGUCCGAGUUUUUUUUUUUAUCACGUG